UUGACCUAUAAUUCCAAGGUGGAUUUAAACCUAUGAUUCAAUUCUGUUUGGAGAAACCACUUUUUUUAUUUUUUCUUACCUCUCUAAACCUGCAAAUAUGAAUGAUAUGGUAGACCAGAUGACAAGGCUGAAGCUGAAGCUGCUGGAGAAGAGACUUGAGAAUGACAGGAACAAUUAUGAUGAGAGGGGUGAUUCAUCUAUUUCCACAAGAAGUUAUGAUGGGCAAGCGGAUGCCUUACAUAGUGCCCUGAGAAGGAAGCGGAGUUUACUGCAGAGGCUCAGAGAGCAACAGUUACUGGAGGAUCUUGGAAGACCACAUACAUGGGGAGGGAGUCACAGGCAACAUCGCCCAGAUCCCUUUCCAACAGCAAACCCUCCUCCGAUUCACAUAUACCAGCCACCUCCACCUCCACCUGCCCCUGUCCACCAGCUGCCCCCACCACCUCCACCCCAGCUGCCCCCCCGAAUCAUACAGCAGAUGCUCCCUCAACAACCAGCCACCAUAAUUCAACAGUUGCCUCAGCAACAGCCACUCAUCACACAGAUACCUCCGCCUCAGCUGGCACCGCCAUACAAAUCUGGCAGCAUCAAAGAGGACAUGGUGGAAAUGAUGCUGAUGCAGAAUGCCCAGAUGCACCAGAUCAUCAUGCAGAACAUGAUGCUGAAGGCCCUCCCUCCCAUGGCUCUGAACUCACCAAUGGGAGCUGGUCAUAGUGCCCCCUCAACCCCACACUCUGUAGCGGAAAUGUACCCCAAAGCAAAGGGCAGUGCCAUCCACCACCAUCAUCACUACAGCCCAUCUGGCCCCCAGCUGCCUCCCAUUACCUAUCCAAUAUGGGGCAGCCAGGGAGGGGCAUACCAACCCUCAGUGCAACACGUGAUGGGGCCAAUAUCACUCCCACCUUUAAACACUGGCCAGAGGUGGAACUAAUCCUUUUCCGGCAGAAUGAUGGAUCACAGGCAAAGAUCAUUCUUCAUAACGAUACACCACUUGUUUCCCAAUCAUGUGAGGUCACCUUGCCCACACCCUGAACUUUGCCGAGAGCCAUUUGGGAUUUUAAAACAGAUGGGAGGAGUAAUGUGGUGAGAACUGACACUGCACACAAACUCCAUGCGUCUGGUUACAGAAUCUCGCAGCUUCAGUGAAGGAAUGCCAAAGGACUGCAUAACAAAGCACUUUAAUGGCAAUUGCCAAUAGCUGAUUAUCCUACAUUUAUUUUAAUUACUAACAAAUCAUUUAAUAUAUAAUUCAGUUAUAUAGUUCACUAUGAGAAUACGUUGAAACACUUUAUACAUUGACUGAGAGCAUAAGGACUGAAUAUUGUAUGCAACAUGCACCUGAACUUUGAAUGAAGCCUUGAUGUGUGCAGAUAGAACAACUAUGUGUAU